CAUACCAUCGCCUACUUGAGUUGGGACGAAGAUGAAGGUCGCCAUGGCUACUUCCAUGAUCUUCUUCUUCCUCCUCGCCGGCGCCGCCGGCGAAGCCAGCAGCGACGACAUACGCCUCUCCGGCGACGGAGGAGCGGCGGAGCAGCAAGCCAGGCCGUGGAAGUGCUGCGACAACAUCGAGAAGCUGCCGGAGAAGAUCUUCCCACCGCGGUGGCGGUGCAACGACGAGCUGGAGGCCAGCCAGUGCGUGGACGCCUGCGCGGUGUGCCGGGAGGCGCCGGGGCCUUUCCCGGGGCCGCUCAUCUGCGACGACGUGUACUGGGGCGUCGACCCGGGCCCCCUCUGCACGGAGCGGCCGUGGGGGAGCUGCUGCGACAGGGCCUUCUGCACCAAGACGAACCCCCCGACCUGCCGCUGCGCCGACGAGGUCGCCUCGUGCGCCGCCGCCUGCAAGGACUGCCAGCCGGUGGAGUCGUCGGAGCCGCCUCGCUACGUGUGCCAGGACCAGUUCACCGGCCAGCCCGGGCCCAGCUGCACGCCCGACGCGUACAACUAGCUAAUUGGUUGACCCUAUAGCUACGUAUAUGAUCGAUCUCGAUAUAUCUGUACUUCAAUAUAUAUGAUCUAGCUAGUGAUCGAUCGAUCGACCAAGAGGAAAAUAAAUGAAUACGCAAGCAUGCAUCAUGUGUGUA